AUGUUUGUAACGCCAGUAUUCGUUAAUAGCAAUGUGCUCGAUCCUUCCAUCUACGGCUCAAAGCGCGAAAGCGUAGCCCGCACCGAGCUGUCGUCCAGACUUAGUACAGCUUCUUCAGACGCAUCCUUCGGCUGCCUGCAUCGAACUUCUUCAACCAGUUCCAACGCUUCUGUGUCUACAGCAGCCUCUUCCGCUGCUUCAGUAAGCAACCAAACUUACCGUCCGAAACAUCGCAAAACCUUCUCCAAUAGCUCAAUCGCCCGACGGUUUUUGCAAAAAAGCAAGCCACAAGAAGUUCAUUCACCACAAGUCGAAGCACUGCCAACUUCAGCUCCUACACUGGUUGUUGCAUCUCCUCCUAAACCCAUUGUAAGCGCGCCUUCGCCUCCUGCUACAGGAGGGCAGUGUUCCGAUCUAGUUGUGCGAUCUAAGAGGGACGUCUAUCAUGUCGACAGGGCGAUUAUGUGCUACCACUCGCGGUGGUUUGCCAGAGUUUGCGCUGUUGUUAUAUCGCCAAAAUCAUCGAAAGGCAUCAUUGACCUUAGUGCCGAUGAUCCAGCAGCCGUCGCGGCAAUGAUGCAAUACUGUUACCAACUCGACUAUACUGAUCAACUAGCAGGCUCAGACCUUGCAGUACCUGAAGACGUCACUUUGCGCUCUCAUGUGGAUGUGUAUAUGCUUGCAGAGCGGUAUGGCGUUGCUGGUCUGAAGGCGCUCGCACUUCGAAAAUUCAAGGAAUUUGCGGGUAAUGUACUGGUUGUUGAUGGUGAGGAAGAGCAACUGUUACAUGCGAUUCGCUCGAUCUAUGCACCUGAGCGAAGAGCUAACGCGGACGACCUCAAGAUGGUUGCGAUCAAGCUUUGCGCUGAUCAUGUGCAAGCUUUCAUCCACGGUACGGGCAAGACUAUGGCUCUUGUAUACGAGUCGAUGGAUGAGCUACCAGAGUUCAGGGCAGACCUAUUUGAAGAAAUGGCAUCUCGCUGGAAAUAG